GAACCAGAACAAACUUGUAGAACCACGUAGACCCACAACAAACCUUAAAUAAGUUUAUUUUGAGCAUACUUGAAAAUUCCCAUGGACAAAGGAAUUUUCAUAGGUGCAUGAAAAUUCGUAAAUAAUAUUGGUUAUUGUCAUUAGUCAAACUUCUUGUGACAUAAAUGUCAUCUGUACUAUAGCUGAAGAAAAAUUAUUUUGAAUUGAAAAUAUAUAAACUAAUAUUGAAGCCUUAACUUCCUCAUUUUGAAAUUUUAAUAUAUUCACGAUCAUUCAUGGCGAAUUCCAAUUCUGCUGGUGCUUUGGGCGGGAGUAAUACCGAAGAUGAUGAGUUGACUCUUCCUCGUGCAAGUAUCAAUAAAAUGAUAAAGGAAUUGGUACCAUCUGUAAGAAUAGCUAAUGAAGCCCGAGAGUUGAUCUUGAAUUGCUGUACAGAAUUCAUACACCUGCUGAGUUCUGAGGCAAAUGAAAUUUGCAACCAACUUCAUAAAAAAACUAUCAAUGCUGAACAUGUUUUAAUGGCUUUGAACAGAUUGGGUUUUUGUGAUUAUACAGCAGAAGCAGAAGCUGUCCUCAAAGAUUGCAAAGCCGUAGCAGCUAAACGAAGGAGGCAAAGCACCCGCCUGGAAAAUCUCGGUAUACCUGAAGAGGAGCUCCUGAGACAACAACAGGAGUUGUUUGCAAAAGCACGACAAGAGCAGGCUUAUGCCGACCAACAGCAGUGGGAACAGCUUCAGGCCGCGGCGCAGCAAGCACAGCUCUCUACACUUCCCAGUGAUGAUCAGGACGAGUAUUCGUAGAUAAAGUUAGAGAGUGAUUUGGGAGAUCUGGAUAGCUGUAAAUAAUUUUGGGGUAACAGACUCACGUGAGCUAUUUGAAUUGUGUUGACCAAUAAUUUGUAUAGUAUUUAUUUAAGUAUACGAAUAUCAAAAUAUUUGAUGUAGGAGGGAAAUGUGUGAUUUUUGACAGUUGUAUUGGAAUGCUCAUUUUUAUAAAAAUUUAAAUUUAGAUGGUCCUUUUGUAUCACAUGUUUUCAUUCAAUUUCGAAAAAUAUGAAGAUAGUAACUGUAAUCUUUUUUCUUGAAUAUAUACAUAAUUAUA